AUGAUGGCCCAAAGAAGCUGCGGCUACUCUUCUUCUCCUCCGACAAGAUCCUCCACGGAAACCACCGGUUCCUAUCUUCCACGAUCAGCCUUGAGCUACGGGAAGCGGUGUUCCUUACUCGGAUGCUCACUCUCGCGCCGCUGCUCUCCUCCUUCAUUCUUCUAUUGCUGCGCGGAUCACCAAGAGCUUUCUUUGACUCUCUCGCAUCAAGAUCUUCCCUACAAGAGUCUUGGGGGCUUCCAAAGUGAUGAGCGUGACAAGACCUGCUCCAGCCUCAUCCUCCUGAAGUCUGAAAACAUUCAGACGGGAGUUCCUGAACUCUCUGACUCAGAAAUCUUCUUGCUCCAUCCUUGGGAUCAAGAGAUGUUCACCAAUCCACAAAAAGUGAGCACGAACUGGAUCUUCUUCCAUGAUCCAGUUCCGUCUCAAAUCUGGAAAUCCGCAGGCGCCACUUACAGCUUUGAAUUCUGUGGCUACGACAUUCUGACCACCAGUCUCACUUUAGAUAAAUAUCCAAACUGGAAUUUGUACUGGUUCAGACACAAACACCUUUCCCUCUACUGCCUAGCAUUCACUGCUGUCCGUGAGCCUAAGCUACACAAGAUGAUUCUCUUAAGCAGCCUGAGGAAUCCUGUUCCAGAAAAGGAAAAAACUAAUCCAGCAGAAGGAAGCGAGACCAAGAAGAAAAUCACUGUGAAUCCAGAAAAGCCAGCAGAGGGAAGCAGGACCAAGAAGAAAAGAGACAAUGAAGACAGAUCAGGAAAGAAGAGAGACAAUGAAGACAGAUCAAUUUGAAUUUUUGAUUGAUCAAACAAUUGAGAUAUACAAUAUAGGAUAUAGAAUUGUUUUGGCUCGAAUUGUAUAGGAUUCAUAUGAUAGACUUCACCAAUCAAGUUUGGAGCAGUCGAUGACGACUGAGUUGCUGAGCUAGUGCAAUGAAUAAAGUCUUUUGUUAGCCGAUUAUAUUGUAAAGAGAAUCUGCGAUGUGCCAUUCAACUAAUAGUUGUAGUAAGGUUUUGUAGUUCUCUGGAUACUUUCGUUUGAUUCAAUAAAUCAUCUCUUGUUCUUCAA